CUCAAAGACUGCUGUUGAUGUUCCACCGCUGUCGGUUGCUCCAGAGGUCGCUACGGACCACUACAGGCACUGGAACACUGCUGCAUAGGCCACUCGCAGCGUCGUUAGCAUUUCACGUACGUGGACGGGCCAAUUACAUGGCGUCCUCAACUGCACGCAGCCCUGUUGCUACAGGCUCCGGUUCGGGCGGGAGAAACAGUGCCCCGCCCCCUCCAUCCUCGCCCCUUCCCUCUGCUACGUCAACCGCCAAAAUCUCUUCUUGUCGGACAGCUCAGAUUGCUCGACACUUUUCCACCUCCUCAUCACCCACCGGUCCUGUCUCAAAGCAAAAGCCCGACAUGGCCUCCAACUACACCGUCCGCAAGGUUGCGGCUCCCAACACCCUCGAGCACCGAGUCUACGUCGAGAAGGAUGGACAGCCCGUCUCUCCUUUUCACGAUAUUCCUCUCUACGCCAACCAGGAGCAGACCAUCCUGAACAUGGUCGUUGAGAUUCCUCGAUGGACCAAUGCCAAGCUUGAGAUCUCCAAGGAGGAGCUCCUCAACCCCAUCAAGCAGGACAUCAAGAAGGGCAAGCUUCGAUACGUCCGAAACUGCUUCCCCCACAAGGGUUACCUCUGGAACUACGGUGCCUUCCCCCAGACCUGGGAGGACCCCAACACUGUCCACCCCGAGACCAAGGCCAAGGGCGACAACGAUCCUCUCGAUGUCUGCGAGAUUGGUGAGCUCGUCGGUUACCCCGGCCAGAUCAAGCAGGUCAAGGUCCUCGGUGUCAUGGCUCUCCUCGACGAGGAGGAGACUGACUGGAAGGUCAUUGUCAUUGAUGUCAACGACCCUCUCGCCUCCAAGCUGAACGACGUUGAGGACGUUGAGCGACACUUGCCCGGUCUUCUCCGUGCCACCAAUGAGUGGUUCCGCAUCUACAAGAUUCCCGAUGGCAAGCCCGAGAACCAGUUUGCCUUCACUGGCGAGUGCAAGAACAAGGACUACGCUCUUGACGUUGUACGCGAGUGCGCCGAGGCUUGGGAGCGUCUUGUCACUGGCAAGACCCCCGCUGGUGGUGUUUCCACCACCAACGUCACUGUCCAGCACUCUCCUACUCGCGUCAGCCCUGACCAGCUUCCUCCUCUGCCCGCUCACGAGGAGGUCCCCGCCGAGAAGAUCGACGCUUCCAUUGACAAGUGGUUCUUCAUCAGCGGUGCCUCUGCUUAAGUUUUGUAGACCAUCUUGCAUAAAAAGAACAAGUCGGAUGGGCAUGUUUUCUUCAUAAAAAGUUGAGCGUAUACGCUUAGAGAAAAAAUGAUGCCAAUUGUCGUAAUAUU